GCCAAGGAAAUGCGUCCACCUCCGGAAGGCGGCGAUCGGCGGCUGGCGGCUCCACCUCCGGGCCGGUACCGCACUCCGUUUCUGUGGCCGUGGGCUGGAGUUCCGCCGGGGUCAGCGCCAGCAGUCCCCUCGGACUCUCAAAUGUCCCAGCAAAAGGAAUUCACAAAGCAGGAUAGAGCUGCAAGAAUCAUUCAGAGGGCCUGGAGAACUUGCCUUAAUGUUUCAGUAUUCCAGCACUUUAAAAGUCUGAUUGACUUGAGAAAACAAGGGGAGCCACGUCAGAUCGUGAGAUACAUUGAUCCUAAAGAGGCAGAAUUUCUAGAUGCUGCUGCUGGUGUUCACGUACGCUUCAGAUUAGGGGGAGCUAAGUUUCCACCUGAUAUAUACUAUAAAAUUUUUACUCACAGACAUAUUGAAGAUCUGUGUGCCAACAGCCCUAGAGAUUACACAAAGUGCCCAGCGAAGCGCACAUCUCCCGGUAAAGGCCGCCCUCAGGAGGAGGACCACAGCGGCUGGUACCGGCGGGUAGAGAACAACGGCUGGCGGCCCGUGUCUGAGCGGUUUUGGAUGCCAGCUGGCAGUGAAGUGGUGGAAGAUAGAAAGGAAAGUGAAUUCCAUUUUUCUAAACUGAAGAGAAGACAAGAUUUGGAGAGAAAAAGAAAAAUUAGAAAAAUAGAAUGGAUGAGGCAAAUGUACUAUGCAGGAAGCCUGGAGGCUAAGUCAGCUCAUUAUGAAACUGUAGGUUUAAUUCAUACAGCAACAAAAGGGCUCAUAAGAGCCAUGGAAGAUGGCGGGGUAGACUCCGUGAUGGAAUGGGAAGUGGAUGAAGUGCUGAACUGGACAAACACCCUCAACUUUGAUGAGUUCCUCAUACAAAAGAGAUCAUGUGAUGGACUUUGUCUGACUUAUGUCACUUAAUAUCGUGGUCUCACACAAACGACACGCCUUCACUCGUGCCUGAAUGCAUUCCGGUGCAUGCCCACAUCUUUUAUCCAUUCAUUUGUUGAUGGACAUCUAGGCUGUGUUCAGACCUUAGCUAUUUUGGGUUGGCUGCUAUCAACAUGGGUGUGCACAUAGCACGGAGUAUGAGACCUAACACUUUUGGGGAUAUACCUGGGAGAGAGGUAGGGCUGGGCCAAAUGGAAUUCCUAUUUUUAGUUUUUUGCGGAAUCUCCAUACUGAUUCCCUGAGGUUGUACUAAUUCACAUUCCCACCAGUGGUGCAGGAAGAGUGCUCCUCUUCCCCAUCAUCACCAGUAUUUGUUGCUUUCUUUGUCCUUGAUGAUGGUCAUUCUGACCAGAGCAACCUGGAAUCCUGAAGUUGUUCUGACUUGCACUCCCUAAUCGUUAAACUGGAGAAACAUUUUUCAUGUACUUAUUGGCCAUUUGUAUUACUUCUUUUGAGAAGUGUCUGUGGAUGUUUGUUCAUUAUUUUCUUUUUAGGGCUGUUAUUUUUUUCUUUAUACAUUCUAGAUAUUAGUCUUCUCUCAGAAGAGUAGUUGGUAAACAUUUACCCAUUCUGUAAAUGUUUAUAUGAAUCUGUUCUAUUUUGCUUUGCUUUUAGUAGGAAUAAACAUGUCUAGUUUCAAUCUUCUGCAUAUAGAUAACUGGUUUUCUCAGCACCAUUUGUUAAAAGUAAAUUAUCUCCAACCUAGUCUUUGUCCCACAUAACCUUUUGGCUAUUUUGUCAAAAACCAGAUAAAGGGGGGCUGGAGAUUUAGCUCAGUGGCUUAAGUGCCUGCCUGGCAAGUGUGAGGUCAUGAGUUCAAUCCCCAGCACCAAAAAAAAAAAAAAAAAAAAAACAAAACAAAACAGAUAAAGGGUACACAAGGUUGUUUUCACGUCUUCUAGUCUACUGAUCUACGUUUAUUUUUGUGCUGGUGCCAUGCUGUUUUUGUUAGCAUAGUUUUAUAGUGUAACUUGAGAUUUGGAAUUAUAAUCCCUCCCACUUUGCUCCUCUUACUAAGCCUUGUUGGUCUAUUCUGGGUCUCUUCUGUUUCCCUUUAAAUUUUAGAAUUAUUUUAAUAGUCCAGUGAAGAAUGUUGUUGGCAUGUUAAUGGAAUGCAUUAGAUCACUUUUUAACAUUUAAUUGAUAUUCUGCCUAGCCAGGAAAGAGAGGAAGGCUUUCCAUUUUCUUAUGUCUCCUUCAGUCUCUCUUCAGAGCUAUUUACUUAUGGUUUCUUUGAUGCAGCAUCUCACUAUAUAGUUCAGGCUGGCCUUGAAUUCACUAUGUAGCUGGCCUUGAACUUGUGGCAAUCUUCCUUCCUCAGCCUCCCGAGUGUUGGCAUUAGCAGUGCGUGCCAACACACCUGGCUUUUCAGUGACAUUCUUUUUUUAAUUUCAAAGAGAUUAAGACAAAAGGGGACAGAAUAAAGCAGAUUAGAAUAGAACAACGUAUGUAACACUGUACUUCACCACAAGACAACCUGGUAUUAACAGUAGCUACCAUAAUGUCUCUUUGAAAUAGUUGAGCAUACCUUCACAUGCAAUAGUAUCAACUAUAACAAAAUGUAUAAAACCAUUCAAGAGGAUGAAAGUAUUACAGGGCAUUGAGAACCAAGUAACUGAAAACAAACGACUACUAUAUUAUCUCGUUUUCCAUAAAAAAUUUGUUUAUACUAUCACACAUAAUAAAAUCCAGUAAGAAUACAACAUGAUAGAACCAAUGGAAACAGAAGAACAAAAGCAUGGUAGGACUUCAAAGCAAGAUGAUAUUAAAUCAGCAAUGGCUUGUUUUCUUCAAAGUAGCUGUACAUACUGUCACACAUAAUAAAAUCAAACAAAAUAGAAUAAAACCAUUCCAACUAAUCAAUGAAAACAUUAUAAGGCUUCAAAGCAAUGUGAUGGGGAAUCAUGAUUACCAUAAAAUCUUACCAUUUCUUACUUCAGUGACAUUCUGGAUCUAAAUCUUAACUACUAAAAUCAUAAACCACCAGCUUCCAGUUUUCACCAAGACAUCAGUGUUAGCAGGACUGGCAAAGUAGAACUAAGGAGAAAGCUUUGUUGCUGUCCCUGACCUUUUUUUCUGAGAGUUUUCUGUCCAUACUUUGUAAGUUAUUAACUGACAUAUUAGUGGAUCCUCAACUGAAGAUCCUGCAGGAAUGAAAUAGGGUAAAUGGGAACACAAGUUGGCGGGGAUGAAAGGGCACUCGUAAGGUAGGAAGUGUGUCCCAUGUUAAUGCUCCUCCAAGUCCGUCUUGCAGUUGCCUUACAAUGCAUGUGACCUACCAGGAGAUAAGAAAGUCGUGAACGUUAAACACUGAGACUAUCCCGUUUGUCCCCUUUACCCUACACAUGUACUAAAUCAAUCAAUUCAUUCCUUAGUAAGUCAAUGUAACUUAAUGCCCAUGUGAUGU